GCAGAUCUGCCGUUGGAUUGGCUGCCGUCGGCAGGGCUCCGCCCCCGGGCAGAGGGCCGCGCUGGCGGCGCGGCGCGCAGGCGCGCACGGAGUGUUGUCCCGGGGGUGGGCAUGUUCCGAGGAGAGGAGCGGCCGCCAGCGCGCCGCGGGGAGGGGGCGGGCGCGGCAGAAGGAGCGGGGCCGCCGCCGCCGGGGAGCCAGCCUCACUUCCUAGGAGUGCGGGGAGACCACAGCCUGCCGGGGGCUGCGAGCGGUGCCGCAGACAGACCUCUUGGCUCCCAGAUGGCCAAUUCCCUCAACGGCCGCAACCCGCGCAAGGGACGGAUCCUGGGCUUCAUCGAUGCCAUUCAGGAUGCUGUGGGCCCCCCCAAGCAGGCAGCUGCCGACCGCAGGACCGUGGAGAAGACCUGGAAGCUUAUGGACAAAGUGGUAAGAUUGUGCCAAAACCCAAAGCUUCAACUUAAAAACAGCCCACCUUAUAUACUUGACAUUCUACCUGAUACUUACCAACAUUUGCGGCUUAUACUGAGCAAAUAUGAUGACAACCAGAAACUCGCACAACUCAGUGAGAAUGAAUAUUUUAAAAUCUACAUUGACAGUCUUAUGAAAAAGUCAAAACGGGCCAUAAGACUCUUUAAGGAAGGAAAGGAAAGAAUGUAUGAAGAGCAGUCACAGGACAGGAGAAACCUGACAAAGCUGUCUCUCAUCUUCAGCCACAUGUUAGCAGAGAUCAAGGCUAUUUUUCCAAAUGGACAGUUCCAGGGUGAUAACUUUCGCAUCACCAAAGCCGAUGCUGCAGAUUUCUGGAGAAAAUUCUUUGGAGAUAAAACUAUAGUGCCAUGGAAAGUGUUCAGGCAGUGCCUUCAUGAAGUUCAUCAGAUUAGCUCUGGUUUGGAAGCAAUGGCUCUUAAAUCUACUAUUGACUUGACCUGCAAUGACUACAUUUCAAUUUUUGAAUUUGAUAUCUUCACUAGAUUAUUUCAGCCGUGGGGCUCAAUCUUAAGGAACUGGAACUUCUUAGCUGUGACACAUCCUGGAUAUAUGGCAUUCCUGACGUAUGAUGAAGUGAAAGCAAGGCUGCAGAAAUACAGCACGAAACCUGGGAGCUACAUUUUCAGACUGAGUUGCACUCGCCUGGGCCAGUGGGCCAUUGGGUACGUGACUGGCGAUGGGAACAUCCUGCAGACCAUACCUCACAAUAAGCCUCUGUUCCAAGCCCUGAUCGACGGCAGCCGGGAAGGAUUUUACCUGUUCCCAGAUGGACGAAGUUAUAAUCCUGAUUUGACAGGAUUAUGUGAGCCCACACCACAUGAUCACAUAAAAGUCACGCAGGAGCAGUAUGAAUUAUACUGUGAAAUGGGUUCCACUUUUCAGCUUUGUAAAAUCUGUGCAGAGAAUGACAAGGAUGUGAAGAUAGAGCCUUGUGGACACCUUAUGUGCACUUCUUGUCUUACAGCGUGGCAGGAAUCAGAUGGCCAGGGCUGCCCUUUCUGCCGCUGUGAAAUCAAAGGAACGGAACCAAUCAUUGUGGAUCCCUUUGAUCCCAGGGAUGAGAACUCCAGGUGCUGCAGUAUUAUGGAUAGCUUUAGUAUGCCCAUGUUGGACUUGGAUGACGAUGAUGAUAGAGAAGAGUCUCUAAUGAUGAAUCGUUUGGCUUCAGUCCGAAAGUGCAACGAGAGGCAGAAUUCGCCAGUGACUUCCCCAGGAUCUUCCCCUCUUGCACAAAGAAGAAAACCUCUUCCAGACCCCCUGCAAAUCCCCCAUCUUAGCCUCCCCCCUGUACCUCCCCGUCUGGAUCUGAUCCAGAAGGGAGUAGCCCGGUCACCGUGUGCCAGCCCAACCGGGUCACCAAAGUCCUCCCCCUGCAUGGUGAGGAAGCAGGACAAACCUUUGCCAGCACCGCCGCCUCCCCUGAGAGACCCUCCGCCGCCGCCGCCGGAGCGGCCUCCACCGCUGCUGCCGGACAGCAGGGCCGGGCGGCACCUGCACCUCGCCGAGAGCCUGCCCGCCAGGGAGCAGCCCCUGCCCGCCAGGGAGCAGCCCCUGCCCGCCAGGGAGCAGCCCCUGCCCGCCAGGGAGCAGCCCCUGCCCGCCAGGGAGCAGCCCCUGCCCGCCGAGGCCUGGAGCCCCAGGGACGUGGUGUUGGCCGGCGGGCAGCUGGGGGGCUGCCGAGGCGACGCUUCCCCCAAAGCGGGGCUGACGGCCGUGUCGCACGGGAGCGCCAACGGGAGGCACGGCCGCGCCGGCUCCGAGCAGGGCUUCGUGCGCAAGCACCGACGCCACGAGCUGCCCGCCGAAGGUGCCAAGGUUUUUUCAAAUGGUCAUCUGAUGAAUGACGAAUAUGAUGUCCCUCCACGGCUUUCACCCCCUCUUCCAGCUGGCUCUGUCAUCCCUAGUAUAAAGUGCCCUGGUCCUUCAGCAAAUUCUCUGUCUGAUAAAUCAAGGGAACACGCAGAUGAUGAUGAUGAAUACAAAAUCCCUUCUUCACAUCCUGUAAUACUGAGCUCACAACCACCUCAUGGACAUAAUAUAAAACCUCUUGCUCGGGUGUGUGAGAACGGCCAGUGCGCGAAUGGAACACACGGAGCCACUUCCGAGAUCAAGAAAUCCAAACGUCCAGAGUCGGGAGAUGUCUAUGAUGCACCUACUGCGGCGGUACCCUUGCCUCCUGCGCGGCCUCCUGCCAGAGACAACCCCAAACACAGCUCUUUGCUCACCAGGACACCCUCCGAUUAUGAUCUUCUGGUGCCCCCUUUAGGUGAAGAUGCCUUUGAUAACUCGCCCCCCUCCCUCCCGCCACCCCCACCACCUGCCCGGCACAGCAUGAUUGAGCACACAAAACCUGCUGGCUCAGGGAGCCGGCCCUCUUCAGGACACGAACUCUUCCUUCACUCUGAUCCCCAUUUUGACCCAAUAACUGGUCAUGUUCCUUUGCCACCUGCUCGGAGGGUGCCUGGAGAAGGUGGCAAAACAAAUAGGACAUCUCAAGACUAUGAUCAACUUCCUCCAUCUUCAGAUGGUUCACAAGCACCAGCCAGGCCCCCUAAACCACUUCCUCGGAGAACUGCACCAGAAAUACAUCACAGGAAAGCAUACAGCUCUGACAGUUCCAUGGAAAAUGUGGAUGCAAAAAUUGCAAAACUUAUGGGAGAGGGCUAUUCCUUUGAAGAAGUCAAGAGGGCACUUGAAAUUGCCCAGAAUAAUGUUGACGUGGCCCGUAGUAUUUUAAGAGAAUUUGUCUGUUUUCCUCCGCCAGUCUCCCCACGUCUCAAUCUAUAGCAGCAUCAAGAUUUUCUUGGAGCAUAUGAAUUCUACAGACACACGUGUGGAUUGGGGAAUGAGAGGAAGAACAGAAUGGAAUAUUUUUCUUCCAUCCUUAGCAGAAGGAUGUUUGUUUCCAGCCGUUUAUCAAAGGCUCCUGGCUGCUCUGAUCAAGACUUAUAAAUAUGCUGAGGCUUAUGUAUUUUUGCUAGCCAUACUUUUUUAAAUCAGGGUUGAACUUUAAAAGUAAUUUAAAAAAAGUUUACUUCCCUAGAACUUUUAAUCUGUGAAAUGCUUUUUCUUGUUUACAAGUUACAGUUUUCUAGUUUGUGCCUGUACUAUGUCCUGUUCAUAUUCCCUUGUACUCGUGGUCAGUUCUGCUGUAGCAUUCCCAACAGUUUCCAUGCUGACCACUCCAUCAACUAAAUCAUCAGCUUUCCAGAAGUUCUGUGUUUCUUUUGGUCUUUUUUUUUCUUUUGCAAAAUGCUUUAAUUGUUUUUUGCAUUUCAGCUCAUCAAAUGCAAAAAGUAUGUGGCCUUCACUACUGAUUUUUUUUUCUUCUGAGAUUCCUUUGCUUUUGAGAGAGGAAGUAUCUGAAUGUAAAACACAUUGUUCUGUGAACUGCCUUUUUAAAGGUAUUUUGACAUUAAUGUUGGGCAGCUUUCUGUCAAACAAGAAUUCCAUGACCUGUAGUCUCAAGGUCUUUUAUAUGCAGUCUCCACAAAAAAAUCCCAGCCAACGAAUAAAACACUUCAUGCAGCAGUGGUACUGAGUUCUGACAUGUAAAAUCUCUUUCAAAUUUGAGUAUUUGAUUGCAGAUGUUAAAAAAAAAGCCAAAUGCACAUGGUAAUACUGUGUUUCUGUUACACACUAAUGGCACCACUUCUUCAUGGCAAGACUAAAAGGAAUCUUUUUCAAUUGUAUUGAAGGUAUUCAGGUAAACUCCAGUUCUGGAUUCAGUAAAUUAGAACAUGGUUAAUGUUUUGUUUGAGUGAUUAUCCUGUGGUUCAUUGUGGCUUGGAUCAGUUUGUAUUAACUUGGAAACUUUAAAUCUUUGAUGCACUGUUAAGUCCUAAUGCUACUGUAGCAAUAUUUUUUGCAAAGUUCUUUAGUAACCUCCUCCCUCCCCUGUACCCUUCAUAACCUCAAGGAUGUGUUUAACACCCAAAUUCAUUCGCUCAGUUUCCAGCUGCUUAGUUGGAAAUACAUUUUUGCUUUACUUGGUUAGUGAUACUCCAAACUUUCAUAUUUGGUUUUUGAGCCCAAAUUGAUGCAAGCCAAUUUAAAAAUCUUCAUGAUUUAAAAAAAAGGGGAGAGAAGACAGCUCUAUUCUGAGUACUUUCAAAGUUGAGUCCAAAUAUUUUCAGAACAAUUUUUAAGAAUGCUGCUUUCUUGGUUUUAUUAGGAAACUUGGAAAUUUUUGUUCCAAUACUAUUGAAAAAAUAAAACCAUGUGGUAGUUAUAGUAUUUUUCUCAUUUUGAGAUGUGAGGAGUAUAUGAAAAUUUUCAGUGUGCCAGGCUGGGUGUGAAGUAUGUAUUCAUUAUUCCCUUUCAGCUGUUAGUGUUCUCUUUCACUCUGAGCAAGUGCUGGAAUUCGUAUCACAGGAUCAGACCUCAUCAGCCAAUGCGUUUGUUGUAAAGAUGUUUUUAAAGGCAGCACGUGGCUGAACUGCAGGAUUUGGAGUAGCUGAGAACACCCAUUGGAAAUUACUGUGCUAUCUCAAAGUCCCGUUGUUUCAUCAAAAUAUUUAUUCUGAAAACUAAUUAUUUUGGAGCUUCGUGAAGCACAGUAUGGAUAUUGUUAAUCUGCUUCAGUGAUAAAAGUUGAUCAGGAGAAUUCAGGGUAUAGGGAAGAGCUGCUGCUCCAUUUGGAUUUAAGCAAAUGCUUCUGAGUUUAUAUUCCAGGAAAAGACAUUUGCAUCUUCCUGUAAUUGUUCAUUCCUCAAGUACAGUUUAGGAAAAGUUUUGGUGUAAGUUAUAUUCUGUGCUUUUGGCUCAAGUAAAUCUCUUUCCUCUCUUUUGGGAGAGUUUUUUGUGUAGUAUUGAACCCUCUUGUUCAUUUAGUUUGUUUGUAACAUCACUAUAGCAUUUUAGCUAGCUAUGAAUUGAAAGUGAUUCAUGCUAUUAAAUUAUACACUCUGGUUGUACUGGAAUUACUGAAAUGAGGUUCUAGCAUAACUGCCAGCAUAGCAAUGAUGACAGUGAAAAAAAGAGCACUUUACAAGGAUGAACAAACAAUCUGCAGAUUGAGUUUUGAAAUUUUGAAUUGUAAUGAAGAACUCAUUUUCUCUUUUUUUAUGCAGCAGCUUAGUAUAAAUUACAUCCUUAUAUUUCAAUUAGAGGCUGGAACUGCUGCCUGAUUAAGGUUUUUAAAGUUUUCCUUCUUUGUGGUUGUGAUCACCAGUGACAGGUUUUUUUUAUUGUAUGUUAAAAACCCAAACUUGAUGAGCAAUAUUCUGAGUGGUAACUUGAAAAGAGUUCCAUUAAUCAUUAAAUGAGUGUGCUAAUAACACUUCUAAAUAGUGGAGCGUGCAGACUGUUUCAGACCUGUUUUGGUUAGCAGUUUUGAAGUCAAACAGCAAAAUUUGCUGCUGUUUUGUAUCAACAAAUAAACAGCAGCACUCUCAGCUUUGCUAGAGUGUUGAUGUUUACUCUGCAGGAAUUAAUAGGCUUAAAAUAAAUUAAUCUGGCUGUAGUCUAGUUCUCUAAAGACAUAGUUCUCUGAAUGUGUUUUUAACCUUUGAAAGACUUUAGAUUUUGAGCCUGGCAGUGUGUUAUGCACUUACAUAACUUUAGGGAAGACUGACUUGAGUGAGAGUCCUUGGGUGAACAAAGUUGGUUAAAACUCAGAAACAUUUGCAGUCUUUAGACCAUCCUUGUGUUGUCUGUUGGUCUCAGCCUUUCUCUCCUUUUUGACUAAGUUACUGCAUUUUGAGCAAAUUGGCUGAAGCAGAAGUUGAGCAGAGCAGAUGGACAUCAGCAGCAAAGAUCUUUUCCAAAGGCUAUGUAUAGGAAAAAUGAAAUUGUGUUAAAGGAAGCCAUGUUAAUGUUAAUUAGCCAUGUUAAUGACUUGUCUGGAACCCUAAAAUGGCCACUGGUAAAAUUUGUUAAUGUCCAGUAUCUCAAGAGUGCAUCUGGCACAGCUUUUUUAUAAUGUGAAUUUAGGAAGUUUUGUACCAGGAUCAUUUCUUCUGUUUUAUUUCUCUCAUUUUCAGCUUGAAGCUUUACUUUGCACUGACAACUCUUGACCUGAAAGCAUUUAAAUUUGUGUCUUAAACAUUGACAGAUUUUGAAGCAAAUGAACACCGUAUUCAAAGCAAAUGCAGGUGCUACCUGAUGACCUGGAAUUGAGCGCUUUUAGGAGUGACUUCUUGAAAAAGGACUUCAGCAGUUUCAUUUUGAAGGAUUUUCUUUCAAAUAACUAUUUUAUCUGAAAAUGCCUUUUAUAAACUUGUCUAACGUGGCAAAUUUAGUGAUAAUGUGUUCAAUUAAUUUAUAUUUUAUUCAACGUUCUUUUUAAAUUUUGGUUAUUAUGUAUGCUCAAGUUCUUUAUCUGUUCAUGUAAGGUAUUUUAUAAAAUUAAUG